GUGAGGCGAGAUAUAAAAAGGAGGAGAGAGCAGGAGUGAGGGUUCCAGCUGCCCUGAUCAUGAGCCCUUUCCUGCUGCUGGCCCUCCUGGGCAUCACCGUGCCCGGAGUGCAGGCCCUGACCUGCUACUGGGCGACACUGAUGUCUGUGAAGAAUGCAUCGGAACUGCCCCUCCAGUGGACGGCUAGCCAGAAGCACUGUGAGGAAGGCUGGAGCUGCCAGGAGGUUCUGAUGCUGAUGGAGAACGGACCCUACGUGUACGUGGUGCUCAUCAAGGGCUGCACCCAGGCAGCCGAUCACGAGGACCUCAUCACCCAGCACAGGGCAGGCCCCGGCCUGUCCAUCGCCUCCUACACCCGGGUGUGCCGGGAGGACUUGUGCAACCACCUGUCCACCAGCCUCCCUCUCUGGGCCCCGCACCCACCCACAGCCCUGGGGUCUGUGCGGUGUCCAGUCUGCUUGUCUGCCCAAAGCUGCCGGUCUGCAGCAGAGCUGACCUGCCCCGCCGAGAGCACGCACUGCUACAGUGGGCACCUUCUGCUCCGUGCUGGGAACCACCCCACCCAUCUGAGAGUCCAGGGGUGCAUGUCCCAAGCAGGCUGUAACCUGCUUAAUGGGACUCAGGAAAUCGGGCCCAUCAGUCUGCAGGAGACCUGUGAUUCUGAAGCUAUGCUGACCUGUCAUCGGGGGAUCAUGCUUCAGACUUCUCAAGACCUGGCUCAGAAACCUGUCACGUGGUCCACGAAUACGGAGCAGCUGUGUAAUCGUGGGGAGGUGUGUCAGGAGACGCUUCUGCUCAUAGAUGUAGGAUUCAGAUCGCUCCUGGUGGGGAGCAAAGGCUGCAGCAAGGCCAGGACACAGGAUUCCCAGGCUAUCUCCAUACACUCGCGGCCGCCCGGAGUGCUCGUCGCCUCCUUUGCCCGGUUCUGCACUUCCGACAGGUGCAACUCGGCUGCCAGCAGCAGUGUCCUGUUGAACUCCCUCCCUCGUCCAGCUGCCCCUGCCCCAGGAGACCUGCAAUGUCCCACCUGUCUGUCCGUCUUUGGAUCCUGCACACAAAACUCUGAUGCUGUGACGUGUCCUAAGGGCACCAGUCAUUGUUACCAGGGUCACAUUUCUCUCAGGGGAGGUGGGCUGAGCUCCCCAGUGGACAUCCAGGGCUGCAUGGCCCAACCUUCCAGCUCCUUAUUGAACGGUACCCAGAAUAUUGGGGUCUUUUCUGUGAUUGAGGACCGUGAUGAGGCUAUAGUGCCAGAUGGAGCUGCCCCUGCCCCCUACCUGGCUUGGGUGGCAGGGCUGGGACUAUCCCUAGCCCUUUGGUGUGGGGCGCCCUCCCUGCUGACCCCAUUUCCCCAUGAUUCUUAGCCCUUGCUGACCCCCUGGCCCAAACCCUCCCUCUGACCUCAUAACUAAACAGCCUUGGACACUGAAUUAUUUCCCAAUCCUCUACACGAGUUAGCACACACACCCACCCCACGUACUGUAUGACCUGAUGACAGGGCCUCGGAGCAGCUGAACUUGCCCUGCGGGAGGGUGGACAUUCAAGCAGUGGCCCCGUGUGUGUGAAAAUAAAGACACUGUCCUU